AUGGAUCCAUCAACCAAAUUAGACAUAGACGACGCAUAUCGCAAAGAGCUAGAAAAAUGCGCAAUGUCGAUAGAUUUGCCAGGACAUGGUAUUAUCACUGCUUUCAUUGACGAUAACUCGCGCUAUGAUUUUACUGACUGCACUCAAAUGACAUAUACAAUAGCGUAUACGAUGGAAUUAUUAGCUAACGUUAAGACACCAUCGUUCACAAUAACUAACAAUGUAUCGGAUCGUCUGACGAAUAAUUUGAGUAUUGUCGAGUCUUUAAUAAUAAAUCAGCAGUGUGUUGGAAAGUGGAUUAUAGAUGAUGCGGAGGCUGCAGAACUCUUUAUGAAAACAACGCGCAAGUCGGGAAUGACUGAUGAUGAACUAAUAAACGAAUAUUGUAACGUGAAUACCUCAAGGCUAAACAGUUUGUUCAUGGAACCGCCAUUGAUUUCGAGAAAUCACGAGGCUGCAGGGUGUUACAAAUAUACAAUAUCCAAACUGAGCGAAAUUUCAAGACAUUAUCCGAUUCACAACGUAGACUCUUUGGAAUUCGCGAAACGGGAACUACCUUCACCGCCAAUAGAAGAGGCUUGCCAAUUACAACCAUAUAUUACGGAAUAUGACGCUCAUGAUAUAUCAUCCCUGCUUAAUGGUCUUGAAGAAAACGGAUCGAUAGAAUCCAUUCAGGACGAGAAUUUAGUCGUUGAACAAGGCAUCAUGGAAGAAAUCCUGAUUCCAGCAAAGGCGGAUAAAGUACACAGUCAAUGGCCUUUGGGUAUGAAGGAAAUAGGCUCGGUGGUGAGCAAAGAGAUGAAAACAGAAAAUACAGAAGCGCUCCUGGAACAAUUGGAUCAGUUGGUUCCGGAAGGGAAAGGAUCGAGAUCAUUGUUAGAAUGGGACAACGAUUGGGAAGGUUCGAUUUCGAACGAGUACCAGAUUGCUUCUGUAUUUAAUGAGGACGGCAUAUAUGAAGAACUGUCCGGCAUUGACAACGCAAUCACGUGCAACUAUUACUUAGAAUCUCCCGUACUCGCAAACAACUAUCCUGCAACGAACCGUCAUAAGGGUCUGGGCACAAUACCCGAUUCAAUGUAUCAAGCAAUCGAGGCCGUCGCUUCUGCAGAUAAAACAUCAACGUUCGAUUUGGACAGCGACCUGGAUGGACUUGAUACGGACUUGACGAAGGUGAUAAAUCGUAAUAUGUUUGCGGACGAAUGGGAAAAAUUAAUUGUAGAGGAAACAGCCGAUGAUUUCAGCAAACUAAAAUUCAAAGUUCCCAACUUGCCUAAUCCCAAGAGUGUAGUUACGGAACAAAAUAAAGCCAGGGCAUCGUUUCCGUACAUACCAAAUGCUCUUGUGGACCUAAUCUCUUCGGCCACCUUUACGCAAUUGUCACAACCGUCCUGGAUUCUUAACAAAACGACGAGCCUAGAAUUAGAUUUAUCUUGGAAUCCAAUAAAAGGCGCAACUGGUCCUGAAAUAUUGCGAAUUAUAGACGAAGUCGAGAACAUUGAUCACAUGGACAACAUGUGUAUAGGCUGUGAGUACGAAGAAUUGCCAACGAAUGAACUUGUACCUGAUGAAAAUGAGGCAGAGACCAUGUUAUUGUCAGAAAGAGAAGAAGGCAGUUCCAAACCGCGUUCAAAAAAACACGCAGGUGAUGCAGGCGUGAUUUCGGACGUCACGAAAACACAAGUGCACGAAAAUUCAGAAAAGGAUCAUGAGACACGCGGGGAUGGAGCAUUGGUUAGUAGUGUAGAAUCGGGUGCCGAUGAUACCAAACUGACACGCAAAACGACGCCAUGGACAAUGGAACUUUGCGAUUCUCCGACUCAAUCCGUGACUACUAAUCAGACAGAUAAAUCCACUAUUCCACCGUCUGCUCAUGGCUUGUCACCCAAUAGAAUCUCUCACAUUGGGAAAGAUGCAAAUGGCGACUCUUGUGUUGAUAGACAGAUGGCGGUAUUACCCUUAGCAAGAGGGAAGAGAAUGAUUUCUCACAUUUUCUUUGCUGACAAUUUCUCGGCGACGAAAUCAAUCAACAAUUUUCUGCUGCUACGCGGAAAAAAAAAGAUGGAGAUUAUUCAUGGAGAAGAGGAAGAACAAAGUGCUACAGUUGUUCCCACAAUUCCAGUAGACCAUCAUCAAAGUCUCGAGCUUUUACACGAAUUGUCUGUUGAACAAAAUAAUACACUCGGAAUCGAAUACGGUGGACUUAUGCAUCUUUCAAUAUCAGAUAUAUAUCCUGAACCAAGGUCAACACUGACAUACAUAAUCUCUGCUCGACUGUUACAAAAUCGUCACAUGGUUGCAACGCUAAGGAGUGAUAAAUGCAAAAUUGAAUUGAUUGAGCGAGAUUUCGAAUACCUAAGGCCGUUUCUUCCUGAUGACGAAUUAGCAUCAACCCACGUAGACGCCGACCUGAUAAUUGACGAGUGUACAGCUAUAACGUACCAUUCGUU